AUGUUUCCUUUACAGAGUGAUGGGCUGGCAGCUGAGGCUAUACCUUCGUUCUAUGAUUGGCAGCAAGAUAAGGUGUUGGAGGACCUGCUUGCAGAUGAUCGUGCCCAUUUUGAGGGGAUUUAUAAUGAGAAUAAGAAUGAAGGCGGAGGAGUACUCAAAAAGAAGCCAAGACCAGCUAUGAAAUCGAUGUGGGAUAUUGAUGGAGAUAACAAAGACACUAAUCACGAGGCUCGGAGAAGCAUUCACCGGAACUUGGAGAGGCAGAGACGGCAAGAAAUGGCCGGCUUGUACGCUUCUCUUCGUUCUCUUCUACCCCUCGACUUCAUCAAGGGAAAACGCUCUGUAUCGGAUCAAUUACACCAAGCGGCGAUUUACAUUCGUGUCAUGCAGAACAAAAUCGAAGAGAUGAAAACCAGAAGAGAUAAGCUCAAGUCACUGAGUGGUAAUGGUCGUGUGGAGGGUCGUAAUAAAUCGGACGUAAAUAAUAAGGUGAAGGUAAUUCUAUGCAGGUUUGGGUUGGAGAUUUUGAUAAUGAGCACAGGCCAGAGUAGUAUUAUGCCCCUCUCCAAAGUGUGUGCCUAUUUGCUUCAAAAACCGGAGUUAACGGUAGUUAACUGCGUUUCUACGCGAGCCGGGGAUGAAUGCUCGUUUCUCCAUAAGAUUCAAGCUGAGGUCGAUGAUCCUACAAGCGUUGAUUUAACCGAGCUUCAAACGAGGCUAGCUGAUUUGAUAAAAUAA